UGUUUUAUUUUUUUUAUUGAAACUCCUAUUACAAAAAUAAUGUAAAUCCUCGUGUUGAUUCAAUUAUUUUAAACGAUCAAGAAAACUGUUUAAUAGAAAAGGAUCGUAAAUAUUGUUUUGGCGGGAAUAUUUCGUUAAUUGUAAUUUUUUGAAACAAAACUGUAGAAUGUUUGGAGAAAAAGUCAUAGAAUUGUUAAAGGAAGCUGAAAGGAAUCGUGAUACAAUCGAGCAGUAUAAUGAUGACAAAGUGCGUCAGAUUAUCGAGGAGAUGCAUGUGCUGUUCAAAAUGAACAUGGCAGAUGCAAAUGCCUCAUCGGAGAACAAAUCUCUUUGGACAACUGUGCAAGUGAGACACUCUGCAUUGGAACGUAAUAAGCGAUGUCUUUUAGCCUACCUUUAUAACCGCAUGAAUAAAAUAAGAACACUCCGCUGGGAGUUUGGUUCGGUGUUGCCAUCUGAUGUGAGAGAAUUGCUCUCCGAUAGUGAGUAUGCUUGGUUCUCCAAGUACUCUACGAACCUCGCAGCGUAUAUGAGGUCGCUAGGACAAGAUAUUGGCUAUAGCGGGAUCGACCUCACAGAGAACCUCAGGCCUCCAAAGUCCUUGUACAUUGAAGUCCUAUGUCUGUCAGAUUAUGGAAAGCUGGAGUUGGAGGAUGGAGACGUAAUACUGUUGAAAAAGAACAGCAGACAUUUCCUCCCGACGUCGGAGUGUCAGACUCUCAUACGUCAAGGAAUUUUGAAACAAAUUACUUAGAAUUGUACCUAGCAUAAAUUCUAUUAAGCUUAAAAGCUUUAAUAUAGCAAAAAUUAAGAUGGAUAUCAAUUAACGUUAACUGAUCUCGUUUAGCACAGAUGUAAAACACUUCUUUUUAAUUCCAUGUAGACGGCGUUGCCGGCGACAACUAGUGUUAUAUAAAAAAGAGCAUGUUUCUAUUGAAUUUUAAAAUUUGUUUUCCAUUUGUUCAGAAUUUAUCAUUUCAUGGAUAAAACAUUAUUUUGUGAUUUCGUAUUAAUUAUUGAGCACAGUAUGAAAUAACGAUUUAAAAUUGAAUCUAAAAAACCCAGUGAUUAUGUUAUUGUCCUAUUAAAGUGGAUUCAUACGGUACAUCGUGUUGUGGAUUUCCCACGAUAAGUGUGUUAUGCUAUGUUUUUUACGAUAAAUGUUAAGGAGGUUAUCAUUUAAACUAUGAUAUCUACUUGUAUUUUGAGUAAAUAUUAUAUUAUAUUACGAAUAAAACAAACAAUUAUUUCGAAUACUCUGAAAUGCGACUGCGUGAAAAAUAUAUAUAUGUAUAUUCAGGAAAAAUAGAAUAUUUCCAUUUUUUCUGAAAUUCUGAAAAGCAAAAGCAAUUGAUCGCGGUCAAUGAACUCAGCGGACUCUGUGUCGUGUAAAAUGUGUUUAAUAUAUAUUCUUUUGGAAAAUAAAAUAAUUACAGGAAGGAUAUAAAUGAUUGCUUUAUUUUAUAAUAUUAAUUGGGGCAAAUUGGAAAAUCCUUGUAUUGAAAAGAAUUGAUUACAUACAUAUGUAGUAUUUCCCUAACGACUGGUCUAUUUCCGCCCAAAUCUAUGUAACGUUUUUGAUACUUGUGAUUCAUACAGAAAUUUACUGAAUUAAGUAAAACACUCGUUUCUGUGUCACAGUGUAUAAUUAUACAACUUAUGAAAUAUUAAAAUCAAGGAAAAUAUAUAAUUAUGUGAGGAAGAAAGAUUGAUAUAAAAAGUACA